UUUUGAAAGUGUGUGGAAAUGCGGGUUCUAUGUUUUCGUUGUAAUUUAAGUGAUUGGUGGAAUCGUAAUUGUGAAAUUUUGAUGAUUUUUUUAAAAAUAUGAAACCCAAUUACAGAGCAUUAAGUAAUAUUCAUGAGUCACAUUGGAACAAAACGGAACCACGAUAGGAUUGUAGCAGCACAUCAGCUUUUGUGUUGUGUUCUGUCGGUACUGUCAGAUGAUAAGGACUGGCAGUGGUCAACAUAUCCACCUCCGACCAAGCAGUUUCAUCAACAUCCUCAUGGGAGAGAAGCAGAAUUAUUAUCAGCUAAAGAAUCAAGCAAGUGGCUUCAGCAAGAUCGUUCCUCCCACUCAUUCCUUCGAUUGUCUUCAGAAUCUGCUACAAAGUGCUUGACAGAAAAUGACUUUCAGAACUUGGAGACAAAUUUAUACAGUGGGAUGAAUUCAAAUUUGGCAAAACCAACAGGAAAUACAGCAUUUCAGCAGUCUGAUGACAUCAGUAAUAAAGAACCUGUAUUCAGCAACAACUUCAAUAGCGCAACAAAUCAACAACCUGCUAAUUUACAGCUAUUUACAUUCCAGGAUUUUCCUCCAUCAUUCCCUUGUCCAACUUGUGGCAAUGUGUAUCGUUACAAAUCAUCCUUGGCCAGACAUGUAAGGUUAGAAUGUGGGAAAAAUCCUCAAUUUCAUUGCCCAUAUUGCCCACACGAAACAAAACAUAAAAGCAGUUUGUUGAGUCAUAUAGAAAGUAGGCACAGGCAGGAGAAAAUGUAGGUCACAUGUAUAGAAGGAGUUAUUCAGAAUUUCAGGUUAUUACACAUAAAUCAGUCAGUGAAGGUAGGUGAUGUGUAAGAAACACUACAGGAACCAUCCAGACAGCUUUACUUUUUUUUCAUAUGAGUUUGUCUUUAUCUUCACCUUUACAUGAAAUACACACAGAUCUAAAAAUUGUUAAUUUGUUUUGUCAACAAUCUAAGUGCAUUUGUCCAUGUACAAAGUGCCUGCUAUGUGAAAGCAUAGUUCAACUUUGGAAAGUCAGAGCUUAAAAAAAUGGGGGUGAAAUUUAGACAUUUGCCAACAUUAAAACUGUUGUUGUACUUUUAGUGAGUGUCAAAUUUCCAACAAUGGAAGAAUGGCAUGUGACAUUAUAAGAGUGAACUAGUACUCACCUGAGGGAAAUGACAUCAUUUUUUCAGUCUGCAAACAUUUGUGCUAGGAAGCCAUUCAUGAAUGGUGUAAGGAAGGAGUAUGAUUGGUAGGUGAUUGGUCUUGAAUACACACUUUGACUGAGAUUAAAGGAAGCCUGUCAUAAAGUGUUACCAGAUGGCUGUAGCUUUCAUAUAGCACAUAUUGCAGUCAUGUAUUUAUACCUACAUUUAUACCCAUUUAAAUUUUUUUUCGUGUUUGUGCUUCAUUGUAUUUCUUUUACUUGUGCAAGCAUUUAUGACAGUCUUAUGUUUAUACCUAUAAUUAUUUGUACAAGCACAUAUUGCAGUCAUAUAUUUAUACCUAUAAUUAUAACUAUUACCAUUUUUAUGUUAUGAUGAAUUGCAGUAUUUGUAAAUGAUAUUUCAUAAUAAAGUGCAGCAUCCCUAACAUACAUGCAGUAAGCAUCUCAAAUUACAAUUCUUUUUUCCCUUGGAAGAUUUGUAUCUGUUCGCAAGCACUAGUCUCUUACUCAAAUCUCUCUUUUUUGUGAAUUUCUGUAAUAUCUUUAUAUGUCCAGCUGUCUACCAGUAUAAUACUAUUAUCUUGGCAUCAUGGUGUUUGGAACAUUGAUGGUAUAUAAAAAUUGAAACUUUCAAAGAAUCAAGGUCUAAUUUUUCAAUUUUGGCCUGACUAAUGUCUUGAGACAUUGGUAUGCUGGCUUGAUGCUCCCAUUGAAUUUUAUGUAUGUAUGUACAUUCUUUUUUACAUUUCUCAAUUUAACAGUAUACUCUUUUAAACAGCUUUCUGUCAGCAAGAGAAAGCAGUCGGCAACAUUCAUCAAUAUAUUCUUAUUUUGAGUUAGAUGUUCAGGUAAUUCGAGACUUAAGUGGGGUAAAAUAUACAUUUUUGUUUGUUUUUCAGUUGCAAGUUUAGUAACUUGGUUACCCAGUAUCUGCUGCUUCUUUCACAGUUUUUAAGUAUUAUCAUAAAUACUUUUUCUUUCUUUCAAACAUUUUGUCCUCUUUUUCCAUGGGCAUUUGUUUUCUCGUAGACUAUCAUAAAUAAAAGUAAAUGUGUGUAUGGAUAUUUUGAACUAAUUUUUCAAUGACUUUUAGGCCAUUAGUAUUGUGUUUGUUUAUUUGCAAUUUUCUCUAGGCACGUCUGUCUGUUGUACCAUUGUUUUGAUAGGGAAAUGUGGUUUAAAAUGUUCUGCUGCAUGUUAACCAAUGCUAUUUUUAUGUUGUUCCCUAGAAUACUUAGGCUGUAAAUAUAAAUCAUAAAUAAGUGCAUCUGUUGUGCAUAAAUGGCACAAAAAACCUAUUCAUGUCAACUUCUUGGCUUAAUUCUGCAAACCACUCAUUCUUCUCUUUUGCCUUACCUUAUAGAAGAUUUUAAAAACAUUAAAUACACAUUUGUAUGUGUAUGAAUAGACACACAAAUUUUUCAUUACAUGUUUUUGAACAGCAUAUACCACUAGCAUUUCUGUCAGUUUUUGUGGUGGAGUAUUUGUGUAUUCAGCAACAUUUUAUGUAGAUAAAUCUUUGUCAAUUUUAUCAGUACUUAAAAAAAAUCCUGUGUCUCAGUGUAUUAUCAUCCACUAAAGGCAACUAUUUGAAUAUUCUUCCUUCCAUUUAAUGUAAAAGUUUUGUGAAAAAUAUUAAAUAUGUAGCUGAGGGUAUCUGCUUCGAAAUUAUCCAAAACAUUUGAACUGAAUACAUUUUUUGUUUAUUAGCAACUGUAUUGCUAUAGAAUCAGCUACUUCAUCCCAGCUGUGUGUGUGUGUGUGUGUGUGUGUGUGUGUGUGUGUGUGUGUGUGUGUGUGUGUGUGUUUUAAUUAUUUGAUGAACAAGUGCUAUUUAGUUUAAUCAUGAAACUUUAGCAAUGUGAUAUUCAACACAAAACUUCCAAAAUGAUGCCUGACUGUCGAAGUCUCACUGUGGCUAUCAGCUGGAUAUUACUGCUCUUCAGUGUUUGUUUUCUCCACUGUUGGAACAUGAUCAGGAUAGAUAGCUCUUGUGUAUUAAAAUGACAAAACAGCUGUAAUUGUUAUAGUAAAACAGUCAUCAUAGUUAUUCAUCAGUACUAUGCUAACUGACAGAUUAAAACUGUGUACUUGUUAGGUACUUGAAAUUACAGCUUUUGCUUUUCAUUUGCUAAGACGAAGUUGUGGAUUUGAUUACCAUCCUGGCAAACAGUUGUAAAGUACAUUGGAAAUAUUUUUAUUACAGCACUUUGUAUUGUGGAACAAAAGUUUCAUUCUAAUCUUGCAUACUGACUGUCUGUAUUAAGUACCUUUAUGUGUCUGUGAUGCGUAUUUCAGUUGUGUACUAGUGUUAAAUAGCAGUCCGGUUUUCAUUUUAAAUGUUUUCAUUUUAGUGUAUUUGCAGUAAUAGAUACUUUUAUGUACAACAUUUAUAUGAGUAUUCAGUUGUUGUUGAAUGUUGCUUGUAUUUACUAUGCAUGUUUGUGGGUUUCAUAAGUCUUUAAGCAUGUCACAUUUCACAAACUGCUGCAACAUUAUUACCUUUCACUGCAACUGAUAUAUACGUUUUG